AUGUCAGCAACGAACGCAACCAAAGACAACAAGAAGAAACCUACUGGAGGCAAUCGAAAGGAAUUAAGUGAUGAAGAGAGAUCGGGAAAGUGUCUCUUUUAUUUUAGUGAUGACAUUACCUACGAUGGAGAAUGGAUUUUAAACGAAGAAACCAUGCAAAAGCAAAAACAUGGGUUCGGGAUUUAUAAAGACGGAAACAACAUUUAUGAAGGUACUUUUGAAAACGACAUGAUUCAUGGAAAAGGUAAAAUGAUAUGGGCUGAUGGAGCUCAAUAUGAGGGAGAUUUUGUUAAGGGCCAAAUGGAAGGCACUGGAGUGUUUAUAUGGCCCAACAAAACUCAACGAUAUGAGGGUACCUUUGUCAACAACAAAAUGCAUGGAAAGGGAAGGUACAUUAGCGAAGAUGGAAAGACGCAAUUUUCUAAAAUAAAUUCAAAAAAAAAUCAAAUACGAAUGAGCAAAGGGAAAACUGAAAACUCAACCUUUGGGAUGAGAUGGAAGGAUGGAGAUCCAUCAAUGAUCGUAAAUAAUGAUCGGAUAUGGAGAAAUGCGAUAAAGACAGAGAAUGCCAUUCGGAACUCAUGGACAGAAAAUUUUGACUUUCUUGUGGAUGAGAAACGUUUGAGGCUCGAGAGAAUGGCCAAUGAAUUGACAAAUGAAAAAUUGCAAAAACAAAAUUACAACUACAGCGAUACGGAUCAGUUGACUACAGCAACUGUGAGAAGAGCUCUCAAUUUGGAUGAAAUUUUGCCAAAACCACCGCAUUUGGAAAACAAAAAGCCAGGAUCUCCAAAGAAGUCCAAGAUGGAGAGCUACUACCAAUACACUCUUCCUCCUCAAAAGCAAAAUCCGUUUCAAUUAGAGCAAGACCCAAAGAAAAAUAUUUCCAAGCUUGAAGAGACAGAGAAACGUUGUUACUCACUUACACCAAACACUACAAUACAUUCGUCGGAUUUGUACAACAAGAAGGAAAUGAAGACGAAAGAAAAGAAAGACGCUAAGCAGCCCAAAGAGCACCACACAAAUGUUGAGGAUGAUUUCGAUAAAUCCUUCAAGACCAUGUUGUCUCGAAAGAACGAAGGAAGGGUGAAGGAAGAUUUGUCACGACUUUCAAAUAGUGAUUAUGGUUCUCUUCCCACUCUUGAAACUUUUAGCAAUCACUACACCAAGUAUGGGCGAAAAAGGUUUGUCCUUAAUUAA